AAUCAAGCCGAAACAGUGGAAAAUAGCACAUUACGGAGAGUGUUCCAAGGCAUUGUGAGAAGACGUGAGAGCGAAUUCGAUCAACGCAUUGCUGCAGAACCGGCAACUUCAAAGAGGACACUGCAAAGUGAACCGGUGGUAUACGUCGAGAAGAAUGGAAAGUUUCGAGCAAUGAAGAAGAAUGUAUUCGAAAGGGAGAAAGAGGUCGGAGUGAAGAAGCCGCAUGAUGACGCCUUCACUUCGAUGAUCGGCUUCAUCUCGUCUCGACACCCGGAUGUGGCGGUAGCGUACUCGUUCCAAAACAAUUUUCACAACAUUUCAAUGAUUAUGCAAGGUGAAUGA